CGCCAGUUACCCGGUAUAUAUUUUCCAUUUUUUGCCUCUCACUAUUCUAUUAUCCCUCUCUUUUGCAUCCCCAAUAUUACCAACGCACAAAAAACACAACACACAAUACUCAUGUUGGCUAGUGGAAAUCGCGCCGUUCGCACUUUAUCCAAGCUGAGCCGCGGGGCAAUGCAUCCGGCAAGAGCAGCCUCGGCGAAUCUCAUCAGGGCGAGUGCAUUGCCGUCGGUCAUGGUACCAACGACGCUGUUCCACACAGGCGCGCAUGUACAAAUGGGGCAUCCGCCCAUGCGCGACGGUGACGAGCUUAGCCAGCCACUGGAGCCAUCCGACGUGCGGUCGUUCUGGGAUAACAUGCGCCAGGACGCAUCAUCAUCGGACCAGCCCUCAAGCGAUUCAAAGAACGCCAAGCUGGACAUCGGUGCCCUGCGCCAGCUUGUCGCCACAAUCGUUAACAAGCACGCGAAUAAUGGUGCAGUAGCCAUGGGCCUGAAUGCACAGAGCUGCUGCGACCUGUAUGAGGUCCUGGACGCAACCGGGCGCGUUGACUUUCUUAGCCUGCUGUCCCGCGAGUUCUGCACGCCCAGUGGCGCCGCGCAGGAGGCUGCCAAGGCGUAUCUGGCCAGUGCGGAGCAGUCCGACGAUCCCGCACACAGCGCCAUGCAGGCGCGCACACUGCGGGACAGCCUGACCCCGCAGUACUCGGAGCUCUUCGACCAGAUCAACCGACUGCCCGGCGGGUUUGCCUUCCUGGUCCAUAUGCGCGGGGAUAUGCUUGCUCAAAUGCGCGUCGCCCGGCAGGACACGCCAUUGCGGGCCAUGAGCGACCUGCUGCAGCGCAAGCUGGAAACGUGGAUCAUCGGCACCCUCGAUCUGAAGCGCAUCACAUGGAACUCCCCCGCAUGCACUAUUGAGAAAUUGGGACAGUAUGAGUCCGUGCAUGCAGUCAGAUCCUGGCUGGAUGUCAAGCGGCGGCUGGGCAGCGGCCGCCGCUGCUUUGGCUUCUUCCACCGCAGUGUCCCCAUGGAACCCCUGGUCUUUGUCUGGGUGGCUUUAACGAAUGAAAUCGCCACCAGUGUGCAGGGCAUCUUGGGAGAGCCCGAGUCCCCGCGGGCGAGCGAGCAUGCCGCCCAGUGCGCUAUCUUCUACUCGAUCAACUCGCAGCCUGGCCUUUCCGGCGUCGAUCUGGGGAAUUUCCUGAUCAAACGUGUCGUCGGUGUGCUCCGCGCCGAGCUGCCCAAUAUUAAGACGUUCUGUACACUAUCGCCGCUGCCGCGCUUCCGCGCCUGGCUCGACAAGUGGCUGACGCCCGAACACCUCGCCCAUCCUCCAACAAACAUUGGUUUGUCUGAGCAAGAACAGAGGGAUCUGAUAAACCGGGUGCCUGGCGCAGAGACUUGGACUGCGGCGCUGAAGCACCUGAUUGAUAGCCGCGGGUGGACCUCCGACCAGAACAACUUGGUCGCCAUGGAGCCUGUUGUCCGGUCCCUGGGCGCCCACUACCUGGCCAGUGUUAAGCGCGGCGGGACCAAGAUGGCUAUGGACCCGGUGGCGAACUUCCACUUGAGAAACGGGGCCUGUCUGCAUCAGGUCAAUUGGCGCGGCGACACGUCAUACAAUGGUCUGCGCCAGUCACUCGGUCUCAUGUGCAACUACAACUACGUGCUGGACCGCAUCGAGGACAACAAUGAGAAGUACGUUGCUAAUGGCACUAUUGCUGUGUCUGGAUCAGACCCGUAUAUUGCUCGCAGUCGCCAGCAGCAGCAGCCGCUGACGGCAAAGCUCUGACGUGUAUCAUGUGACUAUGGCCACAAGCUUUGUUGCAACCGCUGUAUUUCGAAUCGGGCUUUUUAACAUGGAAAUUCUGUCCAGGGCCCAAUAAAAUAAAGUGAUCAAUGCAAACGGU